AGAGACAUACAAACAUACAUAGAGAGAGAGAGAGAGAGAGAGAGAGAGAGAGAGUCCGCGGUAUAUAGACUGAGAGAGAAAACAGAACCGCCGGAGACAAAGACAUACGGAGUACAAACAUGCAUUGAUUGAGAGAGAGAGAGAGAGAGAGAGAGAGAGAGAGAGAGAGAGAGAGAGAGAGAGAACAAACCAGCGAUGGAUUCUUCCAAGAUUCCCGCAGCGUUAUUUUUCGCAGUGGUGGUGGCGAUCAUGACCGCGGCACCCAGAGCGGCGGAUGCCCAAACACCGCAGGAGCCGUCGUGCGCCGCGCAACUGGUACGGUGCGCAGCGUACAUCAACGGCACCGGCAUGCCGCCGGAAUCGUGCUGCGGCCCGAUGAAAGUGGCCGUGGAGACCGAGAUGGCGUGCCUCUGCACUCUGUACACCACCCCCGGCUUGUUGGCUUCUUUCGGCUUCAACGUCGCUCAGGCCAUCGCCAUCCCCGCCCGUUGCGGCAUCACUACUGCCUGCACCUGUGACAGAGACGGAUCCAUGUAUAGGCGCAUGAGCGCUAUGGUCCCCGCGUCGUUUUGGGGAUUUUUUUUUUCAAAUUUUAGUAUUAAAAUUGGUUGUUGUUUUUUGGUUAGGAACGCCUAAAAUGUGUUCGUUUUGGAUCCAAAAAUUCAAUUUCUCUCGGCAUGUACACGGUCAUUCAUAAGUUUUUUUCUUUCUUUAAUAAUCUAAUUUCUCUUUUUAU